CUAUAAUAUGUCAUAAGACUCAUAAGUUCAACACGUUUGAAGUCGUACAAUUUUAUGAAAUAUUUAAUAGUUUUUUUUUAGAUUUUUGACUUUAAGACCACACACGGUAAAAAAUCUAUUCGUUUGAUAAUGGAAUAUAUAUCACCUGAAAAUGAGUUAGUCCCUAAUGGGACUCGAAUAUUAUGCUGCCAAUGUGCAGUGCCAAUCGAAGCAAACCCUUCGAACAUGUGUGUCGCAUGUCUAAGAGCUCAUGUUGAUAUCACAGAUGGCAUACCAAAACAAGCAACCUUGUUUUUUUGCAGAGGCUGUGAAAGAUACUUGCAACCUCCGUCAGAAUGGUUAGUUUGUGCUCUUGAAUCUCGGGAGCUUCUUGCCGUUUGUUUAAAAAGACUUAAAGGUCUUAAUCGAGUGAAAUUAGUUGAUGCAGGCUUUGCUUGGACUGAACCACAUUCCAAGAGAAUUAAAGUAAAGCUAACAGUACAAGGUGAAGUGAUGGGUGGAACAGUUCUCCAGCAGACAUUCAUAGUGGAAUAUGUGAUUCAGCAUCAGAUGUGUGAUGCUUGUCAUCGUUCAGAAGCUCAGGACUACUGGCGUGCCCUGGUACAAGUUCGUCAAAGAGCUAAUAACAGAAAAACAUUUUAUUACUUGGAGCAAUUGAUAUUAAGGCACAAAGCUCAUGUUAAUACACUUGGAAUUAAACCUAACUGUGAGGGUUUGGACUUUUUCUAUGCUACAGAAAAUCAUGCUCGGAAAAUGGUUGAUUUUAUUCAAUCAGUGUUGCCAAUUAAAUGUCAGCAAUCAAAAAAACUGAUUUCACACGAUAUUCACAGUAAUAUCUAUAAUUACAAAUUCACAUUCAGUGUCGAAAUUGUGCCUUUAUCAAAGGACAGUGUUGUAUGCUUACCUAAGAAGUUGACACAGAGUCUGGGAUCGAUAUCACCUAUAUGUUUGGUGCAGCGUGUCACAAGCACUUUGCAUUUAAUUGAUGCAUACACUGGACAAGUUUGUGAUAUCUCAUCAACCCAAUAUUGGCGCUACCCAUUCAACCCAAUAUGUAAUCCGAAACAGUUGGUGGAAUAUAUUGUUAUGGACAUUGAUAUAUUAAAGGAACAUGAAAAGAAAACUUUCCCAGGACAAGGCACAGUGUCGAACAAGCAUGUUAUAGCAGAUGUAUGGGUUGUUAAAGCGAGUGAACUUGGCCUAGAUAUAAGUCCAGUGCAUACAAAAACACAUUUAGGACAUAUAUUAAAACCCGGUGACACUGUAUUGGGAUACAAUUUGGGUGAAUCAAACGUGAACGACGUGCACCUGGAAAAACUGGACCGUAGCUUGAUCCCCGACGUGUACCUCGUCAAGAAGCACUAUGGGGAGAAAGCGGCACGGAGACGCGCGCGCGCCUGGAAGCUGCGACACAUGCACGAGCAGCCCGUCUCCAUCACCGACGAUGAUUAUAACGAGUUUUUGGAUGACUUAGAAGAAGACCCAGCUAUGAGACAGAAUAUCAACAUAUUCAAGGACGAGAACAAGAUACCAGUCGACACUGAUGAAAUAGAUCCGUCCUUACCGAGAAUCACUCUUGCUGAAAUGCUGGACGAUUUGAUCAUUGAAGACGAAGAAAUGACAGAAGUGUAAUGUUGAUUUAUAUGAUUUUGGUAUAUUAAUGUACUUUAUAAUAAAAA